AUGAGGAAACAACUCGACCCACGCAUUCAGGCCCUCAUCGAAAAUGGUGUCCGCACAAACCACCGCUCCUUCAUCGUCAUGGUCGGUGACCGCGGACGUGACGAGGUUGUCAAUCUUCACUAUCUCCUGUCUCAGGCGCGCGUGAGCUCGCGCCCAAAUGUGCUCUGGUGCUACAAGAAGGAGCUCGGAUUCACCACCCACCGCAAGAAGCGCGAGGCCAAGAUCAAGCGCGACAUCAAGCGCGGUAUCCGCGAGGCCAACGAGCAGGACCCCUUUGAGCUCUUCAUCGCCGUCACCGACAUCCGCUAUGCGUAUUAUAAGGACUCAGCCAAGAUCCUCGGUCAGACCUUUGGCAUGCUGGUGCUGCAAGACUACGAGGCGAUCACGCCGAACCUCCUGGCGCGGACGAUCGAGACCGUCGAGGGAGGCGGUAUCGUUGUGCUCCUUCUCAAGACCAUGUCGAGCUUGAAGCAGCUGUACGCCAUGACUAUGGACGUCCACUCCCGCUACCGCACCGACGCACACCAGUUCGUUAAGCCGCGCUUCAACGAGCGUUUCAUCCUCUCGCUCGGAUCGAACCCAGACUGCUUGGUGCUCGAUGACGAGCUGAACGUCCUCCCCAUUUCCAAGGGGAAGGACAUUUCGCUGCUCAAGGAUUCGGAUGACGACCGGGGAAGGAAGAUGAAGGCCGAGGAGCUCAAGGAUAUGAAGGAGAACUUGAAUGACGUCGACAUUGUGGGGCCACUGGCCAAGCUCACCAAGACGGUGGAUCAAGCGAAGGCUCUGCUCACCUUCGUCGAGGCCAUCUCGGAGAAGACGCUCUCCUCUACAGUUGCCUUGACGGCAGGGCGUGGACGCGGCAAGUCGGCGGCACUCGGUCUCGCCAUCGGUGCGGCGCUUGCUCACGACUACUCGAACAUCUUCGUCACCUCGCCCGACCCCGAGAACCUCAAGACACUGUUCGAGUUUGUGUUCAAGGCGUUAGACGCCCUCGGCUACGAGGAGCACAUCGACUACGAUGUCGUUCAGUCGACGAACCCUGAGUUCAAGAAGGCCAUUGUGCGCGUCAACGUCUUCCGUGGCCACCGUCAGACGAUCCAGUACAUCUCGCCUGAGGACGCACACGUGCUUGGCCAGGCGGAGCUGGUUAUCAUCGACGAGGCUGCAGCGAUUCCCCUCCCGCUCGUCCGCAAGCUCAUCGGCCCGUACCUGGUGUUCAUGGCGUCUACCAUCAACGGAUACGAGGGCACUGGCCGGUCACUGUCGAUCAAGCUCAUCCAGCAGUUGCGCGAGCAGACGCGACCGACCAUCACCAAGGGCGGUGAUGCAAACGGCAAGGCGAACUCCAAGUCUCAUGCUGCCGGCAAGGGUGGUGCUGGCCUCGUGCGGAGCCUACGGGAAAUCAAGCUUGACGAGCCCAUUCGUUACGCGCCCGGCGACGAGGUGGAGAAAUGGCUCAACCACCUCCUGUGCCUCGACGCGUCGGUGGUGUCCAAGGCCGCGCAAGGGUGUCCCCACCCAUCUCAGUGCGAGCUGUACUACGUCAACCGUGACACGCUGUUCAGCUACCACCCUGCGUCCGAGGUUUUCCUCCAGCGCAUGAUGGCGCUGUACGUCGCGUCGCACUACAAGAACUCGCCCAACGACUUGCAGAUGCUCUCAGAUGCGCCUGCGCACCACCUCUUCGUUCUCCUUCCUCCCCUCAAGGAGGACGACACCUCGCUCCCCGACCCACUCGUCGUGCUGCAGGUCGCGCUCGAGGGCAACAUCAGCAAGGAGGCGAUCCUUAAGGAGAUGGCACACAGCGGCACGCGGUCCAGCGGCGACAUGAUCCCUUGGGUCAUCAGCCAGCAGUUCCAGGACAACGACUUUGCGAUGCUUUCCGGCGCACGUGUCGUCCGCAUCGCCACCCACCCCGACUAUGCGCGCAUGGGCUACGGUGCGCGUGCCCUAGAUGCCCUCGAUGCGUUCUACUCCGGCAAGCUGACGGACGCUGACACUGUUGCGAUUGAUGCCGCCGAGGACGCGUUUGUGCGUGACUCGAAGGUCAGCACUGACGCGGCUCUGUCCACGGACAAGAUCGCCGUGCGCGACGCGGCGCGCAUGCCGCCUCUACUCCAACGUCUCAGCGAACGCGCACCCGAGAAUCUCGACUACCUCGGCGUGUCGUUCGGCCUCACGCCCGAACUGCUCCGCUUCUGGAAGAAGUCUGGCUACGUGCCCCUCUAUGCAAGCCAGAAAGAGAAUGCCCUCACGGGCGAGUACACGUUCGUGAUGCUGCGCGCUCUAUCAUCGACCAUUGCGGAGGCCGAGGGAUGGCUGGGAGCAUUCGCCACCGACUUCCGCCAGCGGUUCAUGAACCUGCUUAGCUACGAGUGCUUCAAGAAGUUCCGCGCCGAGACUGCGCUGAGCGUCAUUGCGGGCGCAUCGCGCCAGGGCGAGGAGAGCAAGGUGGUCACGUCGGAUGAGCUGGGCACCCUCAUCUCGCCCUUCGACAUGAAGCGCCUCGAGUCGUACGCCGACAGCAUGGUCGACUACCACCUCGUACUUGACCUUGUGCCUGCCCUCGCAAUGCUGUUCUUCGGAAAGCGCUUGCCCGAUCUCGGCCUCAGCGCUGCGCAGCAGGCGAUCCUCCUCGCCAUGGGUCUGCAGCGUAAGGGCCUCGAGGUGCUCGAAACGGAGCUUGGUGCGCCGAGCCACCAGAUCCUCGCACUGUUCGGCAAGCUGCUCCGCCGCGCGAGCAAGCACCUGCAGGAGAUCCACCGCACAGCUUUGGACAAGAGCGUGCCUGUUGCGGAGCAGCCGACGUUCGCUCCCGCUGUGAAGACGGUUGAGGAGGACAUUAAGGAUGCCGAGCGGGAAGAGCGCGCGCGUAUUAUGGACAGUGCGAAGAGCGCACAGCGCGAUAUGCUCGACACCCUCGACAUGAGGCAGUACGCGAUCGGCAACGAGACCGACUUCUCCUCUGCUGAGAAGCAGGUUCGUGCCCUCGCCUCCGCUACGCCGCAGGAGCGCGCGCGUCUGAACACGACCGUCAGUGUCAAGGGCGCCGCGGUUGCCGUCGAGGAGACCAAGGAGGAGAAGAAGGAGGGCCGGAAGGAGAAGCGGAGAGAGAGCAGUGGGGCGGGAGGCAAGCGCAAGAAGACGAAGCGCGACUAG